AGAGAGAGAAAGGGCGGAAGCAGCAGCUGCAAGAGGGAAAAUCCUCUAAUCCCCCCACCCCGGCCCUCCCGAAAUCCGCCAUUCGCCGCCCCUCCCGCACGCACGCACGCGCCGGAGCGCGCGGCAAUCCGGGCCCGUCCUCGGCGCCCCGCCCCCGCCUGAUCUGGAGCCGCCGGCCGCGAUCUCGCCGCGGCCGCGCCGGAUUGGGCGGCCGUUUCCAGCGGAGGCCGGGCCGUUUUUGAUCUGCUAGCUCCCCGGGCUGAGCGGAUAGAUGGCGGGGAAGGAGCAGGCCGGCGCGGGCGCGGGCGGGGCCGGGAGCGGCCCCCCGCCGCGAGUGCCAGUGCCCGCGGUUUCCACGCAGCCGCCGAUUAAGAAGCUGGUCAGGCAGCUCGACUUCAACUACGGGAACCCCGCCAUGGCGGCCGCCGCCGCCGCCGCUUCCCGGACGGUGCAGCCGAGGGCGCUGCAGGUCGGGUACCCGCAGCCGCACCAGCUGAGGGCCGCGCUGCCCAUGGGGGUGCCACAUCAGCUGCAGCCGCGGGGGCUGCCCGUGAUGCGGCCGCAUCAGAUGGUGCAUGCGCCGCUGCCGCGGCCGGCACUGCCGAUGGCGAUGCCCGUGCCCGUGCCGCAGGCUCGGUCGGCCCUGCCGCAGCCCGUACAGCGCCCGCCGGUCGCCGUUCCCUUGAAGCCAGAGUCACCAAAACCACGUGGACGGCUGUAUGAUGGGAAAGAUGGCACACCUACGAAGAAGAAGUGCUGCAAUUGUCGGCACUCCAAAUGUUUGAAGCUGUACUGUGAAUGUUUUGCAUCUGGUAUUUAUUGUGAUGGAUGCAACUGCACCAAUUGUUUUAAUAAUGUUGAGAAUGAGGUGGCUAGGCGUGAAGCUAUAGAGGCUACACUGGAGCGCAAUCCAGAUGCGUUCAGACCUAAGAUUGGGAGUAGCCCACACACAAAUCGGAAUAAUAUGGAGGUAGCUGGUGAUCUCCCUUUAAUAGGGAAGCAUAAUAAAGGGUGCCACUGCAAGAAGUCAGGAUGCCUCAAGAAAUACUGUGAAUGCUUCCAAGCUAAUAUACUAUGCUCUGAAAAUUGCAAGUGUAUGGAUUGCAAGAACUUCGACGGGAGUGAAGAUAGAAAACAUCUUAAUUUUGAUCACAAAAAUGUCAUUCACAUGCAACAAGCAGCAAAUGCAGCAGUAAAUGGUGCUAUUGGAGCAACUGCAUUGUCGUCGCCUUCCACAUCUAGGAAGAGAAAGCACAUCGAUUCUUCACUUGACCUUUCGACCAAGGAACAUUUAGCUAUCAGGAAUGGUCAACUAUCUCAGGUUAUUUAUCAGAAGAACGCAAUGGCCUCCGAUGGUUCACUUCCAAUAGGCCAGUCUGCGCAUCCUCAUAUGAUGGGGCCCUUUAAAGUCACCUACAGGCCUCUUUUAGCGGAUAUUAUUCAGCCAGGGGAUGUAAAGGAGCUAUGUAAACUUUUGGUGACAGUAUCGGGACAGGCUGCUAAGGCAUAUACUGGUCGGAAAAUCCAGGAAGAGAAGGUUGCAGAGAAGGAAGAUGGAGUGGGAGGUUCUCUAGCAUUGACAAACCAUGAUAGAGAAGGCAAAAGUAAAGAUCAAAAUCAUCGAAAAAUAUCAAUUGAUGAUCAUUCAAGUGGAGGAGCUGAUAUGGGCAAGGCAUCUCUAGACGAUUCCAGACCUGAUUGCACUGAUGACCAGAAGUCCAGUAGACCAAUGUCUCCCGGAACACUAGCGUUGCUGUGUGAUGAACAAGAUGCUAUGUUUGCAACUUCUCAAAAUGCUGUUGCUCCGCCAGCAAUAGAUGUCGAUCAGAACCGGUCGGAACUGUAUGCAGAGCAGGAAAGGUGUGUGUUGACAGAAUUCCGCGAUUGCCUGCGUAAGCUUGUGCAAUACGGUAGAAUGAAAGAGGAGAAGUACUCCAUGGCAAUCAGAUCUGAAGUGACCGGGCAUCCAGGGCAGGUAAAUGGUGCCCUGCGGAUACCGUAUCCAAAAGUAGAUGUACCUGUUGUAAAAACAUUUCCUCAGAGUUCCAGCAAACAUCUUGUUGCUGGGAACCCUUCGAGUGGGCAUUUAGACAAAAGACUGAAGCCUGAGAACACAUAGUUCGCCUCAGGUCUGUAUUUGGGGUACAAGAAUCAUCAUGUUUGUGCACCUUCUAACAGGUUGACCGGGGGCAUGUACCUGUCUUGAUGAUUUAAUUUAGGUUAAAGAAGUUCCUAUUUAUUCUCCUUGGUCAGAAUAAGUGUAAUCUUGGAUAGUUUAGUCCUAGAGUCACCUUUAGCCUCAUGUUGUUGUGUACCAUUUUAGUUCCUUCUUCUUUUUUAGUGUUUUGAUGGUGAAGUUCUUCUCUCCAAUCGUCAUACUAAUAUAAGCUUGGAUGAAACUGUGCCAUGUAA